AUGUCGGAGCUAUUGGAAGUUCUCCAGAGGACGAUUUCGACAGGUAAGGCAAAUAAAUUGUGGUUUUUAUGACAUUUUUCAGACCCGAAUGAUCAACAACGGGCCAUAAGCUAUAUCGCACAAGCAUGUGAACAAAACUAUGUAAGUUUUUUGAUUUUUAACGUUGUUACAUUGUUUUUAAAUUUAUGAGUAUUCAGUUAAUUAUUCUUUGUUUUUUAGCCCGAGUUCAUCAGGCAGUUAGCCUCGAUACUUGCCGCGCCAGAAAAUAUAGCCUUUGUGAGACAGGCUGCUGGUCUACAACUUAAAAAUACCCUGGUAGCUAACGAAGAAGAGAGGAGAGUAGUUCAACAUGAAAGGUAAUGUAUUGUUAUAGCUUUUAUACAUUAACUAGCAGAUGGAUUAAUAUAAAAGUCUGUUUAGGUGGUUAGGACUGCAACCAGAAGUACGUCAAUUUGUAAAAGAAUGUAUAAUGAAGACAUUGGGAACAGAAACUCGACCUUCUUCAGCAGCUCAAUGCGUUUCAUCGGUUGCAUGUAUUGAGAUUCCUCAAGGAGUAAGUUGCUUUUUAUUAAGGUUUAUGGUAUUUAGUUAUGGCCCGACGUGAUCGACUUGUUAAAAGCUAAUGUCACAAAUCAAGACAGCACAGAGAUGUUAAAGGAGUCUUCUUUGGAAGCCUUAGGGUACAUUUGUCAAUCUUUACCACAUUCUUUUAUGGAAACGUACGCAAAUAAUGUCCUAACAGCCAUUGUGUUUGGUAUGAGGCAAGAUGAGUCUUCGAUGUACGUCAAGAAGGCUGCAGUUACUGCCAUGUUUAAUUCUUUGGAGUUUACUCACAUGAAUUUCCAAAAUGAAGUAAGUUUUAACAACUUGUAUUUUAUUAUAAUAUGCUAACUUUGGGGUCUGUUUAGUGAUUUUUAGUUUUAUAUUUUUUUUAGAAAGAAAGGAACGUGAUCAUGGAAGUUGUUUGUCAAAACACUCAAUCUGGAGACAAAGAAGUAAAUGUAUUGGCAUUACAGUGCUUAGUGAAGAUCAUGUCAUUGUACUAUCAGUUUAUGGAGGCAUACAUGGCUGAUGCCCUAUUUCCUGUAUGUUUUUGCCGUUAUUAGUUUGUGUAUGAAUUUAAUUUAAAAAACAUUUAUGUUUUAAUAGUGGUUUGUAUAUAACGAAGUAAUAAUUUAUAUUUUUAGAUAACAAUUAACGCGAUCAAAUCAUCCGAAGAUGAAGUCGUACUUCAAGGAAUAGAGUUUUGGUCGAAUGUAUGUGAGGAAGAGACAGGAUUGGCAUUUGAAGCUGAAGAAGCCGCAGAAGAGGGCAGACCUCCAAGUCAGGUAUCCAAACACUACGCAAAAGGAGCGUUGGUGCAUCUGAUUCCACUUCUGACCCAGAUUCUGUGUAGACAAGAUGAAGACCCAGAGGAAGACGACUGGAUCCCAGCGAAGUCAGCCAGUGUGUGUAUAAUGUUGAUGGCCCAGUGUUGUCAGGAUGAUGUCAUUUCUCCAACCCUGCCGUUCAUAAGUGAAAACUUCUCGAAUCCAGAUUGGCAUCGACGAGAAGCUGCUGUGAUGGCAUUCGGAUCGAUUCUUGAUGGACCUGAUCCAAGCACUCUUUCUAACCUUGUACAACAAGCUAUCCUACCAUUGAUCGAGAGAGUUUGUGACGAGCAUGUAGGUUGUUUGAAGCGACAUCUUAGAAGUUGUUUAAAUUGUAUUUUAAAACUUAUUUAUUUUUUUAGCUGGCUGUCAGAGAUACUGCCAUCUGGGCGAUUGGUCGUGUUUGUGAGAUUUGUGUCGAUCUUGUGAGCAACGAAGAAGUUUUACAACGUUUGCUACCAGCCCUUUUCACCACCCUUCAACAGGCACCUCGUAUUGCUAGUAACUCGUGCUGGGUAAGUAUCUUUUACUCUAUUAAAGAAUAUUGUAUGUUUUACUUUUUUUAUUUUCUAGAUUUAAUUUUUAAAAAAUGCUUAAUUAUAUGAGAAAAUCUUAUAACAAUGUAACCUGGCUUUAUUUAUUAUUUUAGACAAUUUCUUCGUUGGUGAAAGCUAUAUACCAAACUGCUGUCCAAAAUGGCACUGAUUCAAGUGGGGAGCCAGAUACAUUUAUGUUGAGUUCAGUUUAUCAACAAAUGAUUCAAGAGUUGAUCAAGACCUCCGAAAGGUGAGUUUUUCUGAAAUCAUUGCUCUUUUGUUUGUUUCUGGCACUGUGGGAUGUUUAAAAGUCACUUUAAACAUUGUCUUUAGAGUAGACGCCAACGUCAACUUGAGGAAUGCUGCUUACGAGGCUUUGAUGGAGUUGAUCAAGAACAGCCCCAAGGAUUGCUACGCCGUCGUUCAGCAGACAACAAUCAUUGUUCUGUCCAAGAUCGAACAGCUUUUGCAGAUGGAACAGAACGCUGUGUCAUCAUCCGACCGUUCCCAACUCAGAGAUUUGAUCUCCCAACUCUGUGCUACUCUUCAGUCGGUGUUGAGGAAGAUGAGGCCGGAAGACGCUCCCAGAAUCGCCGAUACCAUCAUGACAGGUCUCUUCCAAAUCAUGAAUCGCUUCUCCGGCCGUGACAAUGGAGCGGUCAUGGAGGAGGCCUUGAUGGCUGUGUCUGCCCUCAUCACCGUGAUACGAACUGAUUUCUCCAAGUACAUGGACUCCUUCAAACCAGUACUAUACCACGCCAUGUCGAACCACGCGGAGAAGGACUUGUGCAUCAGUGCUCUUGGAGUUGUGACAGACUUGUGUACCGCCUUCGAAGGAAAGAUCUGCCAAUAUUCUGACGAAUUGGUUCAAGUCUUGAUUACACUUCUUGGUGUAAGUUAGUCUUACUUUGCAUUUUUUGAUAACCGAUCAGAAGUUUUAUAACUUAAGAAGUUUGUUGAUUUGGCUUUUUUCAAUUUUAUGUUUUUAGGAUGGAGCUGUAGACAGAACAAUCAAGUGUCACAUUAUCCAGAUCUUGGGUGACAUGAUUACUGCACUAGGCCCACAAUUCAGUCCAUACUUCCAACAUACCAUGGUAUUUGUCGACCAAGCAGUUGAAGCAUCUGCGGUUCCUGUUGCAUUGGUAAGUUACUUUUAAACUAUAUUAUAUUAUUAUUAUCUGCAUAAGAAAGUGUUUUACAAACGUUAAUAUUAUAAUAUGUUUGUAAUUGAAAUGUUUUUAGGACGAUAUUGACCAGGCAGACUACAUCACCUUGUUGAGGGAGAGUUGCAUCGUUGUCUACAUGUCGAUGGUGCAGUCGUUCAGGGAUUCAGAAGAGCACAAGCUGGUACUACAACAAUACCUGCCUCGCAUCAGCCAGCUGCUGAGCUCGAUUGCCAGCAGCCAGCCUCCAGCACCAGAAAGCCUGCUGGUGAUGGCCAUCUCAUUAGUUGGAGAUCUCAUUAAUGCUUUUGGUGUGUUGUCGAUUCCGUUGAUGGAUUCAGAAUCCGUGACAGUGAUCGUGCAGCGUCUCCGCCGUUCCAAACAAAACAAAUGCAAAACCGCGCUAACCUGGGUCUCACGAGAAAUGCAACGUGUGCGACGUCAAGCGACCACAGCCUAG